AUGUCGACCAAUGCCAACGCCAACGGCAGCGAGCCUGUCCCGGCUCACGGUCCCAACAGCUCGCCCUCCCCAAGCCGAUCCGCGUCUACGUCCUUGCAGGCCGCAGCCGCCGUCAAUGCUGGUCUGCAGCAUGAACGCUCUUCUAACUCGCGACGAUCCUCUGGCUCCCUCUCGCGACAAGUCACGUCUCCCAGCAAUGGACGGAGACGGUCCCAAGUCCUCAUGAACCUACAGAUCAACGACCCCUCUGUUCCUGGUCCCGGCGAGAUGGUUCCUGAUGCCGCCCACCCCCAUACCCAUAGUCACACCCACAGGAGCAGCUUCACGAGCCCAACAGGGCCCAGCAUCGGCUCGCCCUUGCUGAUGGCUGAUCCGCAUCACAACCGAGCCCCCAGCUUGGGCGAGCUUCACCAGGAGUUGGAGGCCGAGCAGGAAGCUCAAGUGAACCGCCUCCUGUCUCAGAUUCGCCAGCAACAAGCUCAGAUCCUACAACUCCAGUCUCAUCAGAACCAGUCUUCGUCCGCGAUCGCAGGCGACGAGUCGCCCGGUGUCACCACCCCAGCCCCUGGCGCACAACCUAUCCCUACAGCUUCCAAUCCUACUUCUGCAGCACCCAACAUUUCAGCCUCUGGCUCACUCCCUCGGUCACCCAUCUUCCCUCGCAGCUCCUUCGAUCUUGCCCGCAACGACCUACGACACAGGUCCCGAACCCCCAGCCGCGGUGCAUCGCCACGGCUUCGAUCUACGUCCAUCAGCCAGGAUAGCGGGGAACCAUUCGCGCUGGGCGGAAGGGACGAGAGCGCGUUCUACCAGGCCGAGACUCAGAUGUUGACCAGGGAGAACCAGAUGCUCCGACAUCGCAUCCGAGACCUAGAACGACAACUUGCAGAUAUAACUCCCGGCGGCAACAACGCUUCGGUCACACACGAGCCUGCACACCAUUCAGGCUUGACCCGGUCAGAGUCAGUCUCUGAAGAGGCUAGACCUACCGGCGUUACACAGGGCACGCACACCCUCCCCAUUCGAGAGACUCCGAAAGAUGAGUGA